AUGAGGAGCAAGGUAGCAAAGGAUCUUCUGAGUGUUAUCAUUACAGAUAGGGAGGCAAAGGAGGAGAGGAUUGCCAUUGAGAAGUAUAAGGUAGAUUGCCAGGAUCGUUACUCGAAUAGGAGUACUACACCCGAACGGGGGGAGAAUGGGAAGGAAAGAUCAGUAGAAGAGUUAACGAGGACAAUCAGAUUAUUGACAGUAAAGGUUCCAAGUAAAGCAGAUGGCUGGGACUAUUUCUUCUCCAGUUUAGAAAGAGCUUAUGUCAAUGAAAGUGUCCCUGAUGAGUAUAAGGCCAAAAUUUUGAUUUACCUUUUGGGAGAUAAAGCGGCAAAUUUAUUAACAUUGAUAAGCGAGGAUAAGUAUGGGAAUUAUGAGGAAAUAAAGGAAACUGUGUUGAAAGAAUUUAAACCUUCACCUCAGGUAUGCCUGGAGAAUUUCAGAAAGGCAAGACGAAGUUCAGAAGAGACCUUUGGCCAGUUUUCUACUAGAGUUACUGCCAUGUGGGAAAAUUAUGUGAAAUCAAGGGGGGUGACAGACUUUGAAGGUCUUAAUCAGUUGGUGGUAGCGGACAAAAUCUACCAGACCCUUGAUACGGAAACUGCAGUACACAUAGGUAUAAGGCAGGGAGACUCGUGGUUCAAGCCAAGAGAGCUUGGAAAGGAGUGUGACAUAUUCUUUGCGGCUAAAGGGAAGUCCUACAACGUACGUAGGGAAGCUUGUGAAACUAAGAUUUUAAAUCAGGCAGUAGCUUCAGCUUCACAUUUUAAAAGGCACUGUCCUCAGAUUAAAGGUUCUAGGCAGUAUAACAGAAAUGAGGAAAAGGAUAAAGCCAGGGUAAACUGGGUAAAGAAAGAUCAGGAUAAUGAUAUCCUAGAGGACAAAGUUGUGGUAGCUCGUGUGGAUCCUUUGAGGAAGUCAGGGGAUGUAAACGACUAUAAGCUGUGUGAGUUGAAAAGGGUUCCUAUUAGUGUAAAUGGAACAAUAGGAAAGGCCCUCGUUGAUUCAGGAACAGAAAUUACGGUGGUUAAGAAAGAGUUAACCAAAAGUCUCCAACUGAAGGAAGGAUCGAGUAUAUAUUUGAAAGGUAUAUUUGGUCCAGCUGUUAAAUGCCCUUUGGUAAGCAUUCCACUGAGUAUUACUGUAGGAGAAAGUGCCAAUGUUACACAUCAAGAGAUUUUGUGUGCAGUUGCAGAAUCGCUGGCAGAGGAUGUGUUGCUUCCUCCGGAAGUAUUCACCAUGUUAGGAGGUCGGUUAUAUGACACAGGUGAAGGGGUGGAAAACUUACCUGAAGAAACCACAAACAUCCCAGAGGUUAGGAGAAAGGAAAAGUCUGUGAAGGUAAACACAGGGAAACUAGAAGGAAACGCUAGUAUGGGAAGGAAUCUCAAUGAGAAAGGGAAGGUGGAAUCAAGUGAAAGCCAAGAACCUCAGCCAGGAAGACUAUGUACAGCGGAUGUAUUUAGAAGAGAGCAGGAGACUUGUGAAUCUCUGGUAGGAGCAUGGGAGAAUGCUCAGAAAGGAAAGGGGAAUUAUUAUACAGUGGAUAACUUUCUCUUUCAUAAGGACAAAAUUCUUGGGGAAAGUGUGGGGCAAUUAGUUGUACCUAAGAGUCGAAGGGAGGAAGUCUUGCAGUUAGCACAUUGCUCGGUGUUUAGUGGCCACAUGGGGGUAAAGAAAACUGUGGAGAGAAUUAGAUACUCUUUUUAUUGGGAAGGUCUGAGGUUAGACGUUCAGAAAUUUUGCGAGGCAUGUAAAGAGUGCCAGUUGACUAGACCAAUUAAAACUGUUGAUAGGACACCAAUCACCCCAGUAACGAGGCCAGAUCUGCCCUUCCAAAUUGUAAACAUUGAUGUGAUAGGUCCGAUUGAUCCUCCCAGUUCUAAGGGUCAUAAGUAUAUAUUAUGCUUAGUUGAUCAGCAUACCAGAUGGGCAGAAGCAAUACCUCUAACUAGCCUCUCCGCCAAGUCGACUUAUUUGACUCAAGAAUUUGAGAGACGAAUAGGGGCCAGUCCUAAGUUUUCGACCCCUGGAUAUCCUCAAGCUAAUGGAUUAGUUGAACGGUUUAAUGGUACUUUAAAAAGAAUGUUCCAUCAUGUCAUCAGAGAAGAAGGUAGGAGAUUUGUGAAUCUCUGGUAG